CAUGCUGUGGUGGACGUAAUUUGCAUUUCCUGAUUACUAAUGCAGGGCCUGAGAAGCCCUGAGUUAUAAAAGAUUAAUCCGGCCUAGUGGACACUGUGGCUCCUCAUCUCCAAGCUCCCUGACCAGGAUUCCUGGCUGCAACCCGUGACCGGUUCUCUCCGCAUUCCGCCAAGCCAACGGCUCUGCCCAGGACGGAAAGAUGAGAGCGCUCCAGAGACUGAUUCAGGGCAGGGUCCUGCUCUUCACCAUCUGUGCAGCUGGCAUUGGUGGGACUUUUCAGUUUGGCUACAACCUCUCCAUCAUCAACGCCCCAACCUUGCACAUUCAGGAAUUCACCAAUGAGACGUGGCGGGCACGGACUGGUGGGCCACUGCUGGACCACCUGGUUCUGCUUGUGUGGUCCCUCAUCGUGUCUCUUUUCCCCUUGGGGGGCCUCUUUGGAGCGCUGCUUGCAGGCCCGCUGGCCAUCACACUGGGAAGGAAGACGUCCCUCCUGGUGAAUAACAUCUUUGUGGUGGCUGCAGCCAUCCUGUUUGGCUUCAGCCGCAAAGCAGGCUCCUUUGAGAUGAUCAUGCUGGGAAGACUGCUCGUGGGAGUCAGUGCAGGCGUGAGCAUGAGUGUCCAGCCCAUGUACCUGGGGGAGAGUGCUCCCAAAGAGCUCCGAGGAACUGUGGCCAUGACCUCAGCCAUCUUCACGGCUCUGGGGCUCGUGAUGGGACAGGUGGUCGGGCUAAGGGAGCUCCUGGGUGGCCCGCAGGCCUGGCCCCUGCUGCUGGCUAGCUGCCUGGUGCCCAGUCUGCUUCAGCUAACCUCCCUGCCCCUGCUCCCGGAGAGCCCACGGUACCUCCUCAAUGACCGUGGAGACACCAAGGCUUGCCUGGCAGCGCUGCGGCGGCUGCGAGGCACCCAGGCCGUGGCGGAGGAGCUGGAGGAGCUGGAGGAGGAGCACUCUGCCUGCCAGGGCCGCAGGGCGCGGCGCCCGUGGGAGCUGUUCCGGGAUCGGGCCCUGCGGAGGCAGGUGAUAAGCAUCGUGGUGCUGGGCAGCGCCAUGGAACUCUGCGGGACCGACUCAGUGUACGCCUACGCGUCGUCUGUCAUCCGGGAGUCGGGAAUGGCCGAGGAGAAGGUCCAGUACGCCAUCAUCGGGACCGGGAGCUGCGAGCUGCUCACAGCUUUUGUCAGCUGUGUGGUGAUCGAGAGGGUGGGUCGACGAGUGCUGCUGAUUGGGGGGUACUGCCUGAUGACCUGCUGGGGGACCAUCUUCACAGUGGCCCUGUGCCUGCAGAGCUCCUUCCCCUGGAUGCCCUACCUGGCCAUGUCCUGCAUCUUUGCCUUCAUCCUCAGCUUUGGCAUUGGCCCAGCUGGAGUGACAGGGAUCCUGAGCACAGAGCUGUUUGACCACACUGCCCGGCCUGCUGCCUACGUGGUCUGUGGGGUGCUCAUGUGGACCAUGCUCUUCCUGGUCGGGCUGGGGUUCCCCUUCCUCAUGGAGGGUUUGUCCCACUUCCUCUACCUUCCUUUCCUCUGCGUCUGUGUCUGUGGGGCUGUCUACACAGGCUUGUUCCUUCCUGAGACCAAAGGCAAGACCUUCUUGGAGAUCUCCGAGGAGCUGCACAGACUCAACUUCAGCAGACAGGCCCAGGGCGCUGCAUGGCGGGGCCCUGAGGUCAUCCAGUCCACAGAGCUCUAGCAGCAGAGCUGCGGCUGGCCGUCGCCAGAGGCUGCUCUUUCCUUUGCUUCCUGUCUGGGUCUCAGCCCUUUCCAUUCACUAG